AUGGGCCAAGUGUACGCUGGCGCAGCACGGACAAGAGUAUGGCUCGGGGAGUCGACAGAGACAGAUUACCAAGCCUUGCAGAGUUUGGCAGCAUUGUCGCAAGUUUUGAACGACAUAUCCACCAGCAUGGUCGGGGUCGAUGCCACUGUGCAGAUGAUUCAGCGGAAAUUCUUCACCACCAUGAACAUUGAUCGGCUGGAAUGGGAGUUGCUGUCCGAAAUGCUGAACCGGGCAUGGUUCAAGCGGACGUGGAUCAUACAAGAGGUUGCCAACUCCAAAAGCAUUCAGGUGCAUUUAGGCCAGAUAGAGUUUCCGUGGAACUUAUUGUCCAACACGGUCCUCUACUCGACGACGUACAAACUCCAUUCCGCUCUUACAGAAUGCAAGGCCUUCAAGACCAUCAGUACCAUGGAGAACUUGCGUAGGGAGCGUAUUGACGACUCCCAGGCGUAUACAGCGAUGCCGCUUUUGGACAUGCUAGAAGAGCUGAGAGACUUCAAAGCUACGAUUCCUAGCGAUAAGAUUUAUGGAGUGUUGGGUCUGACGAAUCGCAAAAACGAGUUUGUCGUGGACUACGCCCAGGCACCAGAGAAGGUCUUCACCGAUUUUGCGGUCAGGGAGUUGAAGUCGGGUUGUUUGGACCUCCUUGCACACUGCGUCGACUCUUCUAAGCCCAAGACUCUUGAGCUACCGUCCUGGGUACCGGACUGGACUUGCCCUGGCUGGACUGAGCCAUUGCGCACCCGCGGUUUGGAAACCGCAGCCGGCCGUGGAGUUGAGCCUGAUCUAGCAAUUGACGAAAAUGCAGGCAUCCUUCGCAUCAAAGGAAGGAUGCUUGACAGGAUAGCAAGCGUCGAAUCAAAACGCCAAAUACCGCCACCAAACCAGCAGGGACUAAGGGGCUCUCAGGACGAUGAAAAAGAUGAUAGGAGUAAGUUCGACCCUGAAAAAAUCGAAAUGAGUGUAUAUGGUGGUCGAAUCCUCGAUGCCGAACCUGAUCCGCCAUACGAGGAUGACGACACGGCUGGCACCGCAAAUCAACCCGCUGGGAGAAAACGCCCUAAGGAUGCCAGGUACAGGUAUGAAAAGUUCAUUGAGAUGGCCAUUGAGAACAUGAAGAACUGGCAUCUUGGCGUUAUAGAUGUUGCAUUCCCCGACAAAAAGACCACGGCCCAGGGUUGGGAAAACUUCUGGAGGACACUCAUGUGCAACAGAACCCGUGACAACGAGAGACCUGGUGAAAACUCUGCUGCCGGCAUGGAUAUUUAUUUCAAGAUAACAGUAGGCCUGAACGGCAGUUCGGGAUCGGGUUUGGAUGCGGUUCUGCAAACGCGGAUACGCGACCAGAUAGACAACCACGGCAUGUCCCUGCGGGACUCUGACGCUUACUACUUGAAGGAGAAAGAGGCGUUCGAAACGUUUAGUGGAGCACACAACAAAUGGACUUACAAUCGUCGCUUCUAUCGGUCUGAGGGUGGCCGGUUUGGUUGGGUGGUUGACGGAACGCAGCCUGGGGAUGCUGUAGUUUUGUUUCACGGAUGCGAUUCUACUUUUGUUGUUCGACAAACAGCAGAUGGAACUUGGCGCAUUAUUGGGGACUGCUACAUUCAUGGCCUGAUGGAUGGCGAGGGGCUAAGGCCCGAGUUUGAGGAGAUGUAUUUUCAGAUUGUCUGA